AUGGUCCACGAUAUUCAAAUGAAUCCGACCACUUCAAAGACACCUUCCCCCAUCUGUUACACAACCCACAAACAAGAUAGCAAGCACGAUGGCAGAGCAGAUAUGAUGCAAAACCUCUCAUUAAUUACACAGCCAUCCAAUUCUUUCAAGUUAACUUUGUUCUUCAAAAGUUCAACUAACGUUUUCUUUCAAUAUGUUCUCGGUGGGAGGUACUGGAGCGAGGCAUUUUUAGGACAGGCUCGUACAAUCAUCUCACUCGUUCCUUCCCCGUCUGACCAUCCGGCAGGUCUCACUGAAACUUUCCUCAAAUUAUUUUACAACACGCGCCAUUCCUCUAAUUGUUUUACAACGAAUUUCUGGAGAUGCCAUAUUGAGCCGAUGAUUAAGAAACCAUCAUCCAACAACUGGUCCUAUGAUCAAAUCUCACAAAGUUUGACAGAGUUGACGAGUUCACCAUCACAACCGACCGAAGACUUGCUGAUCGAUAGUCUGGAGAAAAUUACGAAGGAGAAAAAGACAUGA